AUGCGCAUUGAACAUGUUUUGUUACUACAUUUACUGCACGCAACUUUUGCAACUGCCAAUAUAAUUAUGAACAAUAAAUCAUUUAAUGCUGAAGCAUCAAUAGCAACCGAUGUUCUACCAUCACGGCAAACAACUCAUGGAGGAAUCUCAGGAUACUAUAUGGAAUUUAAUGGAAUACUUGCCGAAGUUUACGAAAAUGUUCCAUAUGCUCAGCCACCUAUCGGAUCUUUGCGAUUUGAAGCCACAAAAACUCUGAUCGGCUGGAAUAAGACAAGGAACUGUGGUAAGCGUGAAGUAGUACGUUGUGUGCAAUUUGGACAAUAUUCCAACGAAUACGAUGGUACCGAGGACUGCCUAUAUGCUACCAUUGUUAUACCUCAUAAAAAAAUGGAAGCAAACAAACUGUACCCAAUAUUAAUUUGGAUACAUGGAGGUUCUUUCCAGACAGGCGAUACAACUAUUUUUCCGACCGAGUCAAUCGUGCAACAUUUUGCUUCAGAAAGCAUUAUUUUUGUGGCCAUAAAUUAUCGACUAGGCCCGCUUGGAUUUUUAACAGCUAGUCAUCGAGAUUUGCAUGGCAAUUACGGGUUGGAUGAUCAAAUUGAAGCAAUUCGUUGGAUUCGGGCAAAUGCUCGGAAUUUCGAUGGCAAUCUGAAUAACAUUGUUGUUGGUGGCAUAGGUGCCGGUGCCGCUUGCGCAAGUAUUUUAGCUGUUUCACCGAAGACUAGGGGACUGUUCAGUGGUGUUAUAUUACGGAGCGGAAGCUCUAUUGCUCCGUGGGCAGUAAGAUCUGUGUCCACUGAAAACUAUUCAGCACGUUUAAUCGAUUACUGUGGCUGUGACUACAACCAAAGUUUGGGAAUGCCACGCACGGUAGAAUGCCUGAAAAAAAUCCCAGUAGCACAAUUGCAAAAAGCAUGGAAGCACAUCGCCAAAUUGGCUACUGCCAUUGUUGGUAAUGGGAACCCCUUUAUGGACCCUACCUAUUUCACGCCAACCACUGAUCCAUACCGCAUCGAGGCCAGUGUUCUUCCCGGCGAUCCUAUGUCCAUUUUGCUUCAGAAUCCACGAAUGCCUUUGCUGAUCGGUGUCACAAAUGGAGAAGUUGCUCAAAUGAAUAGCGCAUAUAUAUCAAGCAGUAAUGGUUAUAUGGAAAGUGGUGAGUGGGGUCUGAGUCAUGUUAUACCUUCUUAUCUGCACGCUAAUUAUAAACAGGUCCGAAAAGCUGUUGAAUAUCAGUACCUAACCGAUUAUCCACAAAAUAUGAAUGAAGCUGAACGGCGUAAUAUAAUUCUUAAUAUUUUAUCUGAUCAAUAUUUCAUUGCUCCUGCAGCACGUGAAGCAUUGCUUUAUGCGAGAAAAAAUCGUACUGUGUAUGCAUACAUAUUUCAGUAUGAAAAUGCUCAAUUGUUGGCAUCUGUAAGAAAAAAUGGAAUUCAACAAGGAGCUUCGCACGGUAACGAUUGUUCAUUUAUAUUUAACAAUCCUAAGCUCUCCGACUCUUCACUUAAAACAAUCGAAUGGAAUGAUGAUGAUCGAAAAAUCACCCAGCAACUUAUCAGCCAAAUGACUAACUUUAUUCGUGAAAGGGAUCUUAGUAGAGAUGGUUUUGAACGCUUCAGAAUGAUUUACCGCGUAGCUACACCGAUCAGUCAUCGAAACACUAAUGCUCCAGUGGAAUUCUAUAGUAAUGUAACUAAUUUUUGGCAUGAAGUGAUCCCAACUAUCGAGCAGUUACACAUUACUCCACAAUAUCGAGUGCUUUUACAACCUUGUACUAUGUGUCAGUACCCAUAUAAAAUGCCAUUCUACAUUAUCUUAGCAGCACUGAUUUUGGUCACGAUUGGUCUACUAAGCAUUUGCAUUCAUCGUCAGCAACGUGUAAGGCAAAAGCCAACAUAUGCUAUUGUACAUGAGUUGCAAGCUUUGAAAAGUGAUGAAAAAGUGAAGGUAGAGCUGAAAAUGCCUUAA